CUAAAAUUGUAGACCUAGAAUAAGAGAGUAAUCUGGCUCACGUGUCAUCAGUGAAGAGAGUUAAGCAGUUCAAGAUUACUAAACUUUAACGAGGUAUAUAAAAUGCUUGGGGCAUCACCAGCGAGUAGCAGAUCGUUUCGAAACCAAACGGAAAGAUCAAAAUGAAAAUUACCGUGUGUUGCAUGGUCGUAUUUGCGGCCUUGGUUGCCCCCUCUCUGGCUGCAAGGACAGUCUCACAAGCUGGUUACGACCUGAUCAAGGGUUUUGAAGGCCUGAGUCUAGUGGCUUACCAGGAUAUUGGAGGUGUCUGGACCAUUGGUUACGGUAACACUCGCUAUCAAGAUGGCAGUCCCGUUCGACAAGGCGACACCAUCACUCAAGCAGGUGCUGAUGACCUUUUCGAAUACUGGGUCGAUCAAUCGUUCGCACCAGAGGUAGAUCGUCUAGUUGGCAACGGCGUCGUUCUAAGACAGCAACAGUUUGAUGCCCUAGUUUCGUUCACCUAUAACGUUGGUGUCGGUGCUUUCUCCAGCUCAACUCUGCUUGCCAAAGUGCGUGUUUGGCCCGAUGAUCCAACCAUCCGUGAUGAAUUCAUGCGAUGGGUCUAUGUAAACGGGCAAGUUUCUCAAGGACUCGUUAACCGCCGUCAAGCUGAGGCUGAUUUUUACUUUUCAUAAAACUUUCAACUAUUUCUGAUAGUACCUGAUCCAUGCAAGAUUAACCCAUCAAAUACAAUCGUAAUAUUCGAAAA